UGGGUUACCAAUUCACAUAUAGAAGUUUCUUUAGCAACAGGAGUUAGUGAAGUGACUGUUGCCCGUGUACUUUCUGAGUUUAAUAAAACUGGGACAGUUAUAUUAUCAGAACAUGGUCAUAGGCAUCCUGGAGGUCUUGAUACUAAGUAUGUAAAAGCCAUUCAAGACCUUAUUUUAUUUGCAAAUCAAACCGGCAUUAUACUCUCUCUUAAAAUACUUGUUUUGAACUUAUCUGAGUUGGGAUUUUCACAUGGUUAUGUGAUUGAGUUUGUAUCUGAAUUAUCGUGA